UCCCGGAUUGCGCUGAAAUUUUCCUUCUCGACGCAUGCGCCCAUGUUCGUAUAUCGGACGCUGACGGUCGGAUGAUCUAGGCCUAUUGGGCCGAAGAAACAAGGAUAAAUAGACAUAGCGAUACGUAUUUCGUUGUCUAGGUCCUUCGCGAAGCACGGGAGAUCAUGAGCAAGCAAGUCCUACAGCUGGAGCCUGACUCCGAGCUCCACUUCAAAGGCCCUUUCAAUGACGUGGUUACUUCUCACCUAAAGUUGUCCAACCCAACAGACAAGCGAAUCUGCUUCAAAGUAAAAACAACGGCACCGAAGCGCUAUUGUGUACGGCCCAACAGUGGAAUCCUUGAACCCAAGCAAGCCGUCCAAGUGGCUGUCAUGCUCCAGCCAUUUGAGUAUGACCCAACGGAAAAGAACAAGCACAAGUUUAUGGUCCAGACCAUGAUUGCUCCGGAUGGUGAUGUUAAUCAGGAUACUGUGUGGAGAGAUGCCAACCCUGAAAGCCUCAUGGACUCAAAGUUGAGGUGUGUCUUCGAAAUGCCAACUGAGGCUACUCCUCAGAAUAACCUAGACGUGAGCACGUCCCAUGGGGACGAGAAGGGAGCUGCCCCUAAGGGAGAGUGUGCCCCCAAAUCCCCCAAGGCUAGCAAUUUGGAAGCAGACCUGAAAAAAGCAACUGAGGAGUGUCGGCGACUGCGUGAAGAAGUAGCCAAUCUACGCCAGGAAAAUGCUGCUCUAAAGGAGGAUGGCCUGAGGCAGCGGAUGCUCCAAACUGCUGCCACAUCGGAGACUGUGACCUCCCAUGCAGCUCCGGAGACCACGUCGCAGAUGACACACCGUACCAAGGAGAUGUCAAUGGCUCAUUCUUCGGGCAUUUCUCCACUGAUGUUGACGCUCUUUGCCUCUUUCAUGGUGGUCAUUGGAGUGCUGGUCGGGAAGUGGUUCUUUUGAUCGCCCCCUUCUGCCACAAGAUGAGGCCUAUCCCUGUGUGGCACUCUCCCUGCCCUCACUCUCUACAACUAUCCUUUCCUCUGCCCAUCUCUUCUGCUGGCGGCAUUUCUUAACACAGAUGUUCAGUUGAAUGUGCAGACUGGUGCCUGCCAACAGUUGUGUUCCUUGUGGGCACCCCUCCAUGCAGCUUGUCGCCCAGUUUUUUCUACCUUUUUCUUUUUAAAUCUGUGAAUGUUGUUUGUGCACAGGCUAAAAGGUUUUCUCAGUUUGCCCAAGCUCUUAUGUAAGGCCUUAAAAGUUGGACUGCUUCUUUAGGGCCGGAACAGUGGUAUCACAAAUUAAAUUCAAAUAUUAAUGGUCUGUUUUGCACAUUUAACUCGUGAUGUUAAUUUUAUGGUAGUCUCCAAACAGCUCUGCCAUCUAUUUUAUGAGCGCUUGUGUGUAUGUGUGCCUGUGUGUUUGUGUGCAUGUGAGUAUGUCUGUGCAGCACUCUGGGCACGAUCUUCAUUCCCAGAGGCUGGAGGGUGCCCAGAAGGUUAUCACUGCUCCAUUUUGAGACUGAGUGAUCUGACAACACUGUUUGCACCAUAGGAAAGAGCAACCAGUACCCUUUUUUGCCUGAGCAGAUGUAGAUGGAAGGAGUGGAGGUGUGGGUUUUUGUUUUUUUCUCCUUCUUUAUUUUGUCUCUCUUCUCCCACGCUUUUCCUGGAUUCUGAGAAAGGACAGUAGAGAAGGGAGAACAUUGUCAAAGGGUGGCCACACCGCGUGUGUCUAGGGGCUAACUUCUGCAAACCCUCCCUCUUCGCGACGCUGUUUCUUUAUUGCACUAGAAGCAGACAGUGUUCAAGAAAAAAAUGUGAAAUAAAUUUUGUCCACUAAUGCA